AUGUUGCCGGACAAGGUGCGGUUCUCGACUGAGCUUGCGCAUGAAUCAUCGGCUGUGGAACAGAAUGCUACUGAGUUGCGGAAGCAGCUUGAGUGGUCUGUGUCGGAACCUGAUGCUGGGCUCGCUGGGUUUGAUGUUGCCAUUGAGGCUGCUGGAGCCGAGCCGUGCCUUCAGACGGCGGUUCAUUCGCUUCGGGCUGGGGGCUCGUUUGUUCAGACUGGGUUGGGGAAUGGGAAUGUCAAUUUUGCUAUUUCGACAGUCUUGGAGAACGAGAUUACUGUUAAGGAAUGUUUCAGGUAUUGCUCUGGGGAUUUUAAGCUGGCAUUGGAGAUGGCGAUGUUGGGGAAGGUUGAUUUGAAGCCGCUCAUCACCAAGAUCGUGCCUUUUGGGGAUGCCAUCGAGGCCUGGGAGACUGCGAAGAGAGGGGAAGAUAUCAAGACUUUGAUUCGAGUUGGACUUUGA